UCACGCGGUGCGACUCCGCAAGUCAUGUGAUGCCAAGAUGGCGGCGCCGCGGUAGCUUACUCUUGGUUGUUGCGUCCGAGGAGCCUCGACGGUUUCUGUUCUCGGGCCGUCGGGGCCGCCACGCUUGGGUGGUCGUGCGGCGGCCCGUAGCCCCGCGUUGGGCACCCGCUCAGGCUGGGGCUGUUGCCGUCGCGGUGGGUUAGGGGGAGCGCCAGUGACCUCGCUGCAGGUGCUCUGCGCCGGCCGCGGUCGCCGGAGGAGGAGGAGAAGGGCAGCCGGCCUCCCUAGUCUUCCCGAUCAGCGGAGUUCAUGAGGCCUCCGAGGGCCCUGGAGGACUACAGUUCUGAGGGUCUUCGGGAAUUUGAGUCCUCGGGUGUGUGACAGGCAGCUCGUACCCCCGAGGGCGCAAAGAAGACCGCAAGGAGUUUGCUUCCUCCUCCAGAGGCCUGGCUUCCCCGCGUUAGCUACAUCCGCAUUGUUUCCCACUUCCUCUCAAUGCUCUCUCCGUAUAUCUGGAAAUAUGAUCAGCGCCCCUGACGUGGUGGCCUUCACCAAAGAGGACGAGUACGAGGAGGAGCCUUACAAUGAGCCGGCCCUGCCGGAGGAGUACUCCGUGCCACUCUUUCCCUUCGCCAGCCAAGGAGCCAAUCCGUGGUCCAAACUGUCCGGGGCCAAGUUCUCUCGGGACUUUAUCCUUAUUUCCGAGUUCUCUGAGCAGGUGGGACCCCAGCCCUUGCUGACCAUCCCCAAUGACACCAAAGUUUUUGGUACUUUCGAUCUCAAUUACUUCUCUUUGCGGAUCAUGUCUGUGGAUUACCAGGCAUCCUUCGUGGGCCAUCCCCCUGGUUCUGCCUACCCCAAGCUGAACUUCGUGGAGGACUCCAAGGUCGUGUUGGGAGACUCCAAAGAGGGAGCCUUUGCCUAUGUGCACCACCUCACCCUGUACGACCUGGAGGCCCGUGGCUUUGUUAGGCCCUUUUGUAUGGCUUAUAUCUCGGCCGACCAGCACAAAAUCAUGCAGCAGUUCCAGGAGCUUUCGGCUGAAUUUUCCAAAGCUUCAGAGUGCUUAAAAACAGGCAACAGGAAGGCAUUUGCUGGGGAACUCGAGAAGAAACUGAAAGACUUGGAUUACACCAGGACAGUGCUGCACACGGAAACGGAGAUCCAGAAGAAAGCCAAUGACAAAGGCUUUUACUCCUCUCAGGCCAUCGAGAAAGCCAACGAGCUGGCCAGCGUGGAGAAGUCCAUCAUUGAACACCAGGACUUGCUGAAGCAGAUCCGCUCAUACCCUCGUCGGAAGUCCAAGGGGUCCGAUUUGUGUUCCCGGGAGACAGAGUACACCCAGGACCGUCCCAGCCAGGCAGCCACUACCUCUGACCCUGAAGAGUCCGCUGACACAGACCGAUACACCUGCAGACCCGCCUACACCCCGAAACUCAUCAAAGCGAAGUCCACCAAGUGUUUUGACAAAAAGUUGAAAACCCUGGAGGAGCUCUGUGACACCGACUAUUUCACCCAGACGCUGGCUCAGCUCAGCCACAUUGAGCGCAUGUUCAGAGGAGACCUGUGCUACCUCCUGACCAGCCAGAUCGACAGAGCCCUCCUGAAGCAGCAGCACGUGACCAACUUUCUCUUUGAAGACUUUGCAGAGGCCGACGACAGGGCGGUAGUGAGACAGGAGAGUGCACCCGCUGAGCCUAGCCAAGAUAGGCCACCUUCCAGGUCUCUGGAGAAAUGCCCAAUUCCCCAGGUGUUAAUUAGCGUGGGCUCCUACAGGUCCAGCGUGGAGUCUGUGCUGAUCAAGAUGGAGCAGGAGCUUGGUGAUGAGGAGUACAAGGAAGUGGAGGGAACAGAAUCGGGCAGUUUUGACCCCCAGGACAACUUGAAAUGCCAGGACAUGGACAUGAAAGGGAGCAUCAGCAGCGGUGAAAGCAUUGAGGUUCUGGGCACCGAGAAGGACACCUCUGUGCUAUUCAAGUCUGACAGCCAGGGCAGCCUGACGGUGUCCUUGAGCCCGCAGGUGGUCCGGAGCAAAGCAGUCAGCCACAGAACCAUCAGCGAGGACAGUAUUGAAGUCCUCAGCACCUGCCCUUCUGAGGCUCUCAUCCCUGACGAUUUUAAGGCCAGCUACCCAAGUGCCAUUAACGAGGAAGAGUCAUAUGCGGACGACGGCGAGGGAGCCAUCCACUUCCAGGUAGGCACCAGCCCGCCAGAGCCAGGGGAGGCCGAGGAGGGCAGCGUGGAAAACACACCGCUGCAGACAGAUGCCUCCUGCUGCAUCGGGAAGGAGACCAGGGGUUCGCAGGUGCCCCUCUCCCCUCCAGCCCUCACACUCUCUGACGAGGAGGGGGUCGUGAGCACCCCCCCACAGCGCUCCAGGCAGAAGGACCAGGGCUUCCAUGUGGACUUCGCCAUGGAAAACUCCAACCUUUCUUCCCGAGACCACAGUUCCGAAGGCUUCCCUGCCUAUGAGCUAGACCCAAGCCACCUGCUGGCCAGCCGGGACAGCAGCAAGACCAGCCUGGACAACUACUCGGACAGCACCAGCUGUGUGAGCAGCGCCGCCUCCACCAGCUCGGACAGGACGCCCUCCUCCGCUCACCCCACCGGCCCCUCUUCCGAGAGGCAUAAGAAGAGGGCCGGCCAGAACGCCUUAAAGUUCAUCCGCCAGUACCCCUUUGCCCACCCGGCCAUCUACUCCCUACUCAGCGGGAGGACACUUGUGGUGUUGGGGGAGGAAGAGGCCAUGGUCAGGAAACUCGUGACAGCAUUGUCCAUCUUUGUCCCCAACUACGGCUGCUGUGCGAAACCUGUGAAGCACUGGGUCUCCUCUCCGCUGCAUAUUUCGGAUUUUCAGAAGUGGAAGCUUAUUGGCCUGCAGAGAGCCACGUCCCCCGCCGGCACCGGCGCCCUGCACGCCCUGAGCCGCUACAGCCGCUACACGAGCGUCCUGGACCUGGACAGGAAGACGCUGCGCUGCCCCCUGUACAGAGGCACCCUGGUGCCACGGCUGGCAGACCGCCGCACCCACAUCCGGCGGGGCAGCACCUACUACAUGCAUGUGCAGAGCGUGCUCGCCCAGCUGUGCGCCAAGGCCUUCCUCUACACCUUCUGCCACCACCUGCAUCUGCCCACCCGCGGCCAGGAGGUGGAGGCGGCAGCCGCCAGCCGCCAGGCCAGCUUCCUGCAGCUGAGCCUGGGCCUGGUGAACGAAGACGUCAAGGUGGUCCAGUACCUGGCCGAGCUGCUGAGGCUGCACUACACACAGGAGCACCCCGGGGCCAUUCAGCCCACGCUCAGGUUUGACUACGUCCCCAGCUUUCUGUACAAAAUCUGAGGUUGUUCCCGGCCACUAUGACCAAGACCUGUGAUUCAGUCUGGGGAGGAGUGGCAUGACCAGUGGGGUCCUCUCAGCCGUGUGGACUUCAGGCAGCAGCAGGGAGGAAACCAAGAGGGCAGCCCUGGGUCCCAGGUGGCUCCGGGGGUCGUGGGGGCUGGCCCCCUGGAGGUGCCUGGAAAGAUGGUGACAGUCUCCGCCCCCCGGAGAGGAGCAGCCUGGGGUAGGCGGGGGCUCCCGGCUGCCCAGGGACCGGGAGCCAGGGCAGGAUGCCUCGAUGGUGCACUGUGGUGCAAGAAGGCGGGGCCGCCUGGGAGGACUGCGUGGGCCGCCGGCCACUCCUCUGAGCACUCGGGACACAGCUAUUCACUGAAGGAUUUUGUGGAACAGCCAUCGCCUUGUUCAGACCCCAGUGGCGCCCUCUGUUCAGCAUCACAGAGCAACCAUCCCUGGGGGCCCUGAGCAAGUGAGGUGCAGGGAGAAAGUGCAGCCAGGCCCCACGGCCACAGGGAGAGCACAGAGCCCUGUCCCAUCCUCGCUUUCUUACCAAGCGCCCUUGGAAGUCGCUCCUGGGGUCAGCAGGAGUGACCAGAGUCCCCAUUUGUCAGAACUGCUCUCGGUGGUGGGGAGCCAGGGCCAUGAGAUGUCCCCCCAUGAGAGCUAGGAGGAGCUGGCAGGCUCCCAGCCCUUCCCCCAGCUUUUGUGGCCAGAGUAUUUACACCGUACUCUCGGGGAGGGUCUGUAGACGUGCUGGAGCCCAGCAGGGGUCACCCAAGUCCUCACCCACAGCAAACCUUUGCAACCACUUCACUACCUCGAGGGCUCUCAUGGAUACGGUGGCAGCUGGAUUCUGGUCGGCCUGCUGGGCUGCGAUUUCCUCCGGGAAGGCUGCAUGUGGCCAAUUUCGUGAUCUGCCUUGGGGAGGCCAUGCCGGCCUGGGGUGCACGCAGCUCACAGGAGCUCCCUUGGCCCCCGCUGAGUCCACCUCCCCCUGUGAAGGAGCUGCUCCCCAGUUCACCCACCAGGACCCCCCCACGUCCCCUUCACAGUGACGCUGGUGUGCUGAUGGACGGUUUCUUGCAACCUGGGAAACUCCGUACCUUUUUUUCUUAAGCUGUUUUUCUCUAGGGAGAAUGCUUAGUACUCCUGCUUUUUAAUUUGUUCCCCCAAAUUGUGAUAAAACAGACCUGAACCAGCCACAGUGGUUGCUCCCAAGCACGUGUGCACCUCUGCGGGGCCUGGGUCCACGUCGGUGGGGUCCUGCCGUCUGCUCCGUGACACAGCACAGUGUCCGGAGGGCGCAGAGAGCCCUGGCGCACUGGGAGGCUUUGCGUUGCGCCACCCGUGCAGCCCUUCCCUGCCUGGGCUUCUGGUCAGGGUCCCCAUUCCCGUCGGAGGGUGUGACCGAGCCUGGUCUGUGGCAGCGCUGCUGCUUCCGUCUCCUUGGCGUCACAUGUUUGUCCGCAGAGGCAUCUCCAGGGACGUGCCGGCAGCUUCUGAAUGGGCAGCGUGCACCAGCGUGAAGGCUGCCCUCCUGUCACCCACCGUCCAGCUCAGAUGCUGCUCUGCUUUCUAAGUAGGGGGCUGGUGGCCGCCUGCUUGGGCUCCAGGGGCACGAGCUUGUGACAUCUUGUCUCAGAGGGAAGAGCGGCCCUUGGGGCCAAAAGCCCAGAUGGAAGCAAUGACUGGGCUGCCAGCCCAGACUCCGCAGGUGGCACUGCUCCCCUGGGAAGCUGGAAAAGGCUGAGUCAGGCACACGUCCACUCUGAGGACUUUGUGCGGAAGCUUCGCCUCAGAUGGUCAGGAGGCCCCGAGGACGCUGGGGUGAGAGCAGAACAGACUGCCACGGGGUGGCCACAGAGGGCACUCAGGAGCCUCUCUCAGAGCCGUUCCUUCACUGAGUCGAGUCGGCCUCACUGACUAGUGGUUGAAUUCCUGCACGGAAAUUUUGGUCGAAACCUUAACUUUGCAGUGUGGCAGUUUUGAAGGACUGCUUGAUACCCCAUGUGCGUCUCCUCAAAGGGGUCCUGCAGGAGGACCAGCCCUGGGCCCACUGGGCAGACAGCCGCCUGGCCCCGCCGCUUUGAGGGCGGGGCCCACCGGAAGCCCCCAGCGCAUCUGCAGCCCAGGUGCUGGGCCGGCAGCGGGCCACUGUCCCCGGGAGUCUUCACUGCAGGUUUUCCUCACGUCACAGGCCAGCAAGCGUCUGAACACUUCAAACCCUCGCAGACAGCAGAGGACCUGUGCCCCUUGUUACUUCCUUCCAUCCUGAGGGUUGCGCUGAAGGCGUAGGCACCCAAGUUUUGAGGUUUGUUCCACUUCCUGCCCUCCCCCCUCUGAAAGCAGGUCCAGGUAAGGCCAGGUCAAGAAGAGCCCGCUCGGACGAGCGAUUCUGCAGCGGUGACCUCCAGCUUAGAGAUCAGCCAAACCCUUCACAGCACCCGGGUCCUAGGGCCUUGCUCCUUGAGUGGAACCCGGGUUUUAGAAGCAGACUUUCCCCGAUGCACUGCACCGGCUGAAGUUACACACGGUGCACCAGGGACCGGAAAUAAGCCGUGAAUGGCUCUCCUGUCUUCCCCACCUAGUUUUAAUUGUUUCGGACCAGUUGCUAUGUUCACAGUGUCAUAGGCUUCACACCUAAACAAGCAACAGUCCCACUUCAGGUCCUCCGAGGGCCGGUGGCUCCUGCCCAGGCCAGGGCCCCGCAGCUCGCACCCCUGGAGACCACUCAGCCUGGAGGCCGGCGCCUGCACGCGUGCUGCCCACUCCUGCCAGCGCCAGGCGCGUGCCCCUAUCUCCCGGCCUCCUGUUGCCCGCUGGCCAGCUUCGCACACUGCUGCCGUGCUGUCUGCACAGGUGGCGGCCCUCCUCGGCCCUCGGGGGUGCCAGUCCCCCAAGCCAGCGAUCACAUUUUACCUGCUGUCUUCCUAGAGGCUCAAGAAAGUGCCUUGGUUCGUGCUUUGAGGCAAACCAGUGAGCGUUCUGGCUUUUCCCCAGCACUCAUAGACACUGGCCACACUGGACUCUUCAAGGGAGAGAUGGCACCAACAGACUGAGAAAGGAGCGGCUGAUGGGGCCUCAGCACACCCAGCUUUCCUGAGCCCGUCCCCCUGCGUGCCAGCCGCCUCUGGCCCUGCGGUUAUGGUUGGGGUGUGGCCGUGGCGGGCGGGGGGCUGGGAGCGCUUUGUAGUGAAUUAAGCUGCUGGUUUGUGCCCGGCCUCCUGGGAGUGACUGUUUGGCUCCGGGGCUCCCACCCGGCAAGGCUCCAGCGAGGAGCAAGGCCCACAGCGCCAGGCACAGCUACGCCGGACUUUGACCAGAGGAAUGCCAGAAAGGUGGUGUGAGGAGAGUACUUUUAAAGAAAUUAAUUUAUUUGAGUUAAGCUAUUUUUGAAACACAAAAGUCAGUUGUAUUUUUUAAAGCUAUCAUUCUUGUAGAUGUUCCGUGGUUAAAAUUUGUGCAUAUUACAAAUGGUCGUCUGUUUUGCACUUCAGCUUUGUGAAAAAUAAAUUUCUGUGGGAAGGUGA